UAAAGGCAACCAAGUAGCCGUAGCUUUUGCCAUAUUGCACGAAGGGGGUACGAUAUAGUAAGGGUGUUUGGUUCCGUUGCAAGUCGUGUAUUGGAUGCUGGCGAGUACACUUUUGGCACAAUUGUAUUCGCUUUCGAAAAAAGCAACACAGCUGCUGCUGCAGCAGCUGCAGUUUUCGUGCGAACACACGUAUCACAGUGUGCGGUGAGUGUAGGUGUCCAUAGUUGACGUUUUUUUUUGUCUGUAGAUGGUGAGUAAGUGCAUCUUUUCCGUGUCCAUUGCUUGGUGCAUCUCGUCGAACUUGCAUCAGCAAUGUCCGUUGUCUGCUGAGCGCAGCAAAAGCGUUUUUCCUGUGUGCGUUCCGUUGUGUAACGAGCGUAGUAAAAUAGCGCACUCUGGCGCGGCAUCCAAGUGAGUCAGUGGCAAAUCUUCACAAGGUCUCCAUAGCGACCAGGCGACGAGGGAAAGAAAGAUCGUAGAAAACCCAUCAGUCCCACACAAUCAGUCUCGCCAAUCAACUGCAUAGCGAAUGGGGGAGCACCUGGCAUCGCAGAGUAUGGUCGUGCCGCCAACGACAGGAAUAGAACAGACUGCUGGUCCCGGUUCGUCCGGUAUGACAGGCGACAACAGUGCAGGCAGCAGCAGCAGCGGCAGCAACAGCAGCACCAGUGGAGCUGGAGGCAACAGAAUGGUGUCGAAAGAGUUUUUCACCCUCCUCUGGGGCAGCAAGAUCAAGCAGGAUGUCUUUCGCCGAUGGUUGCAAGGAUUUUCCUUCAGCGAACAUGAACCAUCCGCUCUGGUGCAGCGCGACGGUGGACCUUGUUGUGUAAUAGCUCCGGUUCAGGCGUACCUGCUGAAGAUCUUGCUCAUGGAGACUCCGGGGCACACUUUGGGCGAUCUCACCGCGGAUAAAUGCAAAACGCUUCUUAUACAAGCUGUGUGCCAGAUUUUGACGAAGUGCAAAACGGAUGCCUACCGUAUAGUAACCCUGGAGAGUGCCAGCGCCGCCAGCGCAAGUAGCAGUAGCAGCAGCAGUUCCAAAGAACACACCACAUCCGAGGUGGCUGGCGAGAACCAAUCUGCUGACGCCAUUGCUAGCAACGCUGGCCUAGGGCAGGAUGUGGCGAACGCUGAAUGCGUCGGGUACGAUGUACCCGAUGCGGCCAUGGUAAGACCGGCGGAGGAGGCAGCGGCGGCAAGUAGUUCUAGUAGUUCCGGCGCUGGCGGUGGCGGCGGUGCCGGUCGCUCCCACGACUGCCGCCUGACCCCGGAAGAGUUUCAUUGUCGCAUCGGGUUCCGAGAGUUUAACUCGGUUGACGAUGUGCAGCAGUUCUACAUGCAGAACUUCCAUAUACUCACCGACGAGUGCGGCGUACUACUCCUGUUGUACACCGUGCUCCAGACCAAAGGACUAGAGGCGAUCCUGUCGGAAAUGUCCGAUCCAUCUGAGUCGCUCAUACACGACACCUACGGGUGCGGCAGCCAGGCAUUGAUCAAUCUCAUGCUGACCGGGCGUGCGGUACCGCACGUUUGGGAUAACGAACAAGACGUUGGUGGAAUGAAGCUGAAAGGCAUCAACCAGCAGUCGGAUAUAGGCUUCAUCACGGUGAUGGAGCAGCUGCAGUACUGCACCGUCGGUUUCUUUUACAAAAAUCCAAAGAAUCCCGUCUGGGUGAUGGGCUCCGACACGCAUCUGACCGUGCUGUUCAGUAACGAGAAGCGUCUGGUGUCGCCGGAGACGCCCAGCGAGGUGGCCAGGCGCGUAUUUCGGCAGUUCGAUGCCGAUGGCAGCAACUUCAUUCCUAGCCCGAUGCUGCAGGACGUCCUGUGUGCGCUAGAUUUAGUCAGCGAGCCCGAGUAUGUCGAUCUCAUGCGGAGCCGGCUCGACCCGGAGAACCUAGGCAUCAUACUGCUGAACGCAUUCAUGAACGAGUUCUUCCCGAACGAGAAGAAAUCCACCCCGGAUACGUUCGACCUGCUGCACUACAACGGCAUUCCGCACUCGAACCUGCACAACCGGGUCCUAUACAAUAGAGGGCACGCGGUGCUGCUCGAGAGCGACAUGCGGAUGUACAACUCCUCCGAUCCGAUGCUCACCUGCCUGCAGACCAAGUGGCACAACAUCGAGGUCAACUGGAACGGCGACCGCACGCCGUCGCUAAAUUGAUCCCGAUCCCGGUGCGUCCCGGUUGGGCGUUGGUGCCUGUUUGGCACACUUACACUCCCUUCAAUUUCAUUCACACACUCUUGUUUUUCACCUUCGAACGCCGUUAAGUCCAUGACCCGCAAACAGAUAUCGCAUCGCAAAGACCUAGGCUGAGACAAUUGGAACUCGCAAUCCUUUCCGUUCCGAGAAAUGACGUUCCUGACAUUUCUUAGUGGAAACAUUGACCACCAUGGAUUGGAAAACCCCAAGGCAAGACGUUGAUCUUACUUAGACGAUAGUAUACCAGGCGUGUAUGUAAUCUACUUAAAAAGGGUUGAGAAAGCGGACAUCCUACGAGCUGCUUUGUUCCGAUAGAUCGCAUUGUAAAUUUCUUUCUUAUGGUUAAAUUUAAGUCCUUACCUUUGUUGAUGUUUGUGCAGAGAUGGGUCUAGAGCCACGGCCAGUGACACAAUUUGCCAAGAGUUUCCUUAAUCAGAGUAUUAAUCUUUGCGGACAGGGUGACAUUUGGUUUCUUUUUCAUUAUAUCUUAAUCGAAAUUAUCGUAACAUGUCGGGCUGUCAAUGCCUGUUGAAAUGCCACACAACAAAGAUCCGUGUUCCAGCAUUUAGGUUUUUCGACAUUGAAGAAACGCGAGAUUCAGUUUGAAGAUCAAUUAUUCGCGAAAAUUGAUUUGCAGCGCAAAGAAUCUGCUUUAAAAAAAAGGCGCCUGAGAUGAAUUUGAUGUGAUGCUGUGAGAUAUGAGGCGACUGUAAUGUGGUAGGGCAUAGCUUCAAACAAAAGUCAAAUGCAAAGAGGAAAAACAUCAGGCAGGUUUUGGCAGUAAAAUGUCUCGACCAUGUGAGGGAAAGCACACAGAGUUGCGUCAACAAUUUUACUAUCGCGGAUGUAGAACUGAAGGAUGAAAAUCCAAUGCAGGCUGCUUUAGGUCACUGAAAACAGAUUUAGGCAGAGAUGACGCAGAUGGAGCAGCUUUACGGGAUUACAAAUUUAAAUUUUUCAAAUAAAUAUCAAUGCGAAACGACGCUUUUCAAGUAA